AAGAAAGUUGGUGAUGAGGGAGAGGAACCUGUCAUCGAAGAGGACCCCUUCUUAGUGGUCAACCCCAAUUACAUCCUGGAAGAUUAGAUGAUGAUUCCACCUGGGGACUGUUUAUAUGCUGGGAGGAAGAGAAGGAAGCCCAUCCAAAAACAAAAACAGACAGAGGCCAGCCAGAAGACCAACCCGUCUAAGAGGCACCGUGACCGUCUGAAUGCAGAGCUGGAGCGGUUGGCCAGUCUCCUACCCUUCACCCCAGACAUCAUCUCCAAACUGGACAAGCUCUCAGUGCUGCGCCUCAGCGUCAGCUACCUCCGGGUCAAAAGCUUCUUUCAAGCCAUCCAGGAGAAGCCAUGCAGAAAGCACAUCAUGGAGUCGCCUGUGAACCACCAGGAUACCAGGAAAGAGAGCCUGUCCAUGGGGACCCCGGGGACCAGCAGCAGCGUGGUGGAGAGUGACCUCUUACUGGAGUCCCUGACUGGGUUUGCCUUGGUGGUGAGCACAGAUGGGUUGAUCUUCUACACCUCCACCUCCAUUGUUGACUACUUGGGCUUUCAUCAGACGGAUGUGAUGCACCAGAAUGUUUUUGAUUAUAUCCAUGUGGAGGAGCGGCAGGAGUUCAGAAGACAACUCCACUGGGCCAUGAACCCCGGGACCCAGGGGGCCUCCCUGGACCAGCACUCAGCCACAGGAAUUGGUGAUGACUUUGUGAUGAGCAGUCUCUUCCAUGCCCAGGAGCCUGACGGUGUUCCUCUAGAGCGCACCACCUUCCUCACGCGCUGUUUCAUUUCCCGAGUCCGUUGCUUGCUGGACAGCACCUCAGGCUUCCUGAGCAUGCAGUUCCAGGGCAGCCUGAAGUUCCUGCAGGGCCAGAAGCAAAAGACAGACUCCGGGGCACUGCUGCCACCCCAGCUGGCCCUGUUCUGUGUGGCCGUGCCCCUCAUGAUUCCCUCCAUCACAGAGCCGAAGAUGAAGAACACGACGAUCAGGAACAAGAACAAGGGCCCCGUCAUCCCCACACCAGAUAAGCACAGUGACAAGAGGCAUCGAAACACCAGAGGUUCAUGUGACAGCAGUGACUUAUUGCUUCUGAAUUGGUCCAGCAGCUCUACCAGAGACCCCUGCCAUUAUACCCCAUGGACACCCCUCUCCAAAGACGGCAUCAGGUAUAGGAACAAUGGUUACUACACCCAGGAGGAGCCCAUCAACUUCUGCCUGUCUUCCAUGGGUGGUGGGCCCAAAGCUCAGAGCGUGAAUCAUCCAUGGGACAUCCGCACCGGGUCCACCAUAAGAAAGGGCCCCAGCAGCAGCUACAUACCAUGCAGACAAGGCAAGUACAACAACCUGGGGAAGUCUGGAGCUUACAGGAUGUCUCCAGGAUAUCACGCUAAAAGACAGGAUGCCUCUCAGAACAAACUGUACGGAGGCCUCCACAGCCCAGAGGCGGAGAGCUUCUGUGAGGACGGCAUGAAGGCAGACAACAACUACAUGGGCGGCCAUCUUGACUGUUACAAUGGCAUGGUGUUGCCUGAGACAACCAUCAAGACAGAGCAGGACUCUGACUCUGAGAACGGUUGCAACAUCUACAGCAUGCCCCACAACCUAGCCUGGGUGGGGAAUGAGAAGCGCUACAGCAUGGCCUACUCAGAAGAACCCCAGGUGAAGUCGGAGGCUGACUACUAUGACCAAUACACCACCUGCCAAAGGAACAAGUCCAACAUGAGCCCAACGCUCAACGGAUACCACAAAUACUUAUACCCAGUGGGGAGCAGGGCUCAGAAGGAUCAUAGGAUACCUCACUCAGACCCUCUGUGUAGCAGUCAGGGAGCAAACUGUAUGGUCAGCAAUGUGUAUGGGAAUGGUACUGUGGAGCAUAAAGGCUACAUACAGCAAGACAACAAACUGAACUACGAGUUCAGGAAUCAUCUGGUCCACUCUAUAAAGAGGGAACCCAUGGACUCACCUCCUUGGUCUGACAAUGGACAUGACAUUAGCCAAAUACCCCUGCAGAGAAAUAUGAUUCACAACUGUGCAUUGAAUGAUAUUGUACACAAACCAAACCCAUAUAUCUACAUGCAAUGAGGUCAAUGGAAAAUCUCAUAAACCAUCUGGGCACCAACUUGCUUCUUUAUUGUAUUGAUGCAUAAUAUGGCAGGGUGGGUAGUUAUUUAAUCUCAGGUAAUCAGCAGUGUUACAAAGCAAAAAUAUAUGGAAGCAAGGAGAGGUGUUUUAAUAAGGACUUUGUACAUAAGACACUCAAGAUAAAUAUAACUUUUUUCAGAUUUACAGGACCAGUCAAAAGUUUGGACACCUACUAAUUCCAUGUUUUUUCUUUAUUUUUUACAUUGUAGAAUAAUAGUGAGGACAUCAAAACUAUGA